AUGAAUGAGGAAAUAGACGAAUAUGAUAUUUAUCACCAAGAUUUUACAACUGCAUCGGAAUGGGAAGUGUUUAUAGCUAGACUAGAGGAAGUAAUGCAAGAGUGGCAUUUACCUAGAUCAAAACUUGCGAAACAGUUUAGCGACUACACAAAGAAAUGGUUAACUAAGGCGGAAGAUAUUAAACUACAUGGCUUAGAUUUCAGAUUGACUUAUCAUGCUUUAGAACCUCUAAGAGGUUGUGAAGAGACUGAUAAUAUCGAUGAUCAUAGCAUACUAAAAGAUAUACAAAACGGUUUAUGGGGUUCCACAACAAAGUUUAUGGAUGACACCGAUGGAAGUGCGUUUCCUGUUUCUAAUUGGUUCGGCCUAAAACGAUAUCUAAUGCUCUGUCCUCGAUCGCCUCUUGUAGAAGGAAGUGUUAUUAAGUUGGUUAUGAGUUCUGUUAAUAUUGCUUUUGCGAAUGUUGACUGUGGUGUGCCUUUUUUCGUUAAAAUAAGGGACCAUUGGCAGCAUACAUACUUAGGUAUUUACGAAGACACUGAUUUUAAAGUAUUCUUUGACACAAUCCACUUGGAACGAAUUUCUAAUCAGUGUUCUCACCUUAGUGGUCUUGUUGGUCUGUUUAAGUCGAAAAUCUCUUCUCCUAUACCACUGGAUGCUGUUGUUAUUUCAGUAAAAUUUUCAUAUGAACUAAAAUAUUCCGAUACUUUUGCAUGGAGACAAAGAUUAUUAUCAAAUGAAUUUUUGUCAAUUGAUGGAUUUGAUGUUAUGAAACUGAUAGACAUUCCAUUUGGCUUGGAAAGUAGUCCUAUUCAGAGUGCUCUCCUUAAUGCUAUAUGGCCACAGUUUAGAGAGAGUGCCAUAGUUGAUUCGUCUACCUUUUCUGACAUUGACCCUUUAAUGGCUCCAACUUGGACUAUAACAAUAAAAAUUCGUAAUAAUAUUCGAGGUCAAUUAUCGGACACAAUAGACAGGGUUAUGCAAUUACUAGAAAACAAGCAGUUGAUCAUGGAUGUACUAGGUUUGAGUAAAAGCUUAGGCGUAGUAAAUCCGUUGCACAAAAUAACUGAAGCCCCCAUCACAAUAUCAAAACUGGUUAAGGCAGCAAUGAGACAAAACACUUCAGUUGGAGAGUUUAAAGGUCCUAUAGCAGAUGAUUUAUUGAUGACUAUGUUGUAUUAUGUGUUCCCUGAUGCAGUGGCCAAUAAUUCUUAUCCCUAUCCUGAUCAAUUGGAAGUUGAGAACAAACAAGAAAAUGGUGAAACAAGGCUCUGUAGCUAUUUAAAAGCAAGUCCUGUGGAUGGCUUGGUUUGGAGACUGUCGCUAACAGCGGCCAGUCUAAUAUCAGCUGGAGGAUUACCUUAUCUUGCCCAUUUAUGGUAUGAGUUUACUCAAGAGUUGCAAUAUAGAUGGGAGCAUAGAAUACUUAUUCAGGGGUAA